AUGUCGACGGGUGUUUUGCAAUUCGUGAAAGGUGUCGAUUUUUCGCGCAAUGAUUUUUCGGUGAGCAAAAAAAUUAUUUUUAAAAUUUGUCAUUUCCCGCGUGAAAAAAAACGUGAUUUAUUUCAUUUUGAGAAAAAAUUAUAUUUCUAGGGUACUCGAUUUCCGCACGAUGUCGAACAGAUGACACAAAUGACAUGGCUGAAAUUGAACAAAUCAAAUCUGGAACAAGUUCCUGAUGAAUUAUCAAGAUGUGAAAAUUUGGAGCAUUUACAAAUGGCUCACAAUCAAUUGACAUCAGUUCAUGGAGAAUUGUCAGAUUUGCCAAGAUUGAGAUCGGUUAUUGUGAGGGACAAUAAUGUGAGCCUUUUUAUUGGGUUAUAAAUUUUAAAUUUCAUUUUUGAUUGAUUUGCGCUCUAUAAAUAUGCCGCAGUCUAAUCCGGAUUAAUCAAACUCAGAAAAAAAAACAUAUUUUUGCAGCUCAAAACAGCUGGAAUUCCAACGGAUAUAUUUCGAAUGAAAGAUUUGACAAUUAUCGAUUUAUCUCGCAAUCAAUUACGAGAAUGUCCACCAAAUCUUGAAUAUUCGAAAGGAGCAAUUGUUUUGAAUUUGAGUUUUAAUAAUAUUGAAACUAUUCCGAAUAAUGUGAGUUUUGGGUCGGGAAAAGGGGAAAGGAGGGUUUAGGAGAAAAAUAUUUUUGAAAAUUAAAUUAUGCCGCAAAAAAAUAAUGAAACUUUUAUUAUUUAGGCUUGCUCAUGCCUAUUUUCAGGCUCAUAUAUAGGCUUUACUUCAGCUCUUUUCGAGCCUCAUUAAAACAUUAAUUAAGGCUGAAAUAGAAGCCUAAAUUCAGGCUUAACUCUUGUCUCAAAUAUAGACAUUUCAGGCUUGUGCAGUUAUAAUUCCAGGCUCUUCCAGGCUCAAAUUCCAGCCUGAAUAUAAGCUCAUUCAAGCCUCAUUUUUACAGGUUUGCGCGAAUCUCAUCGAUCUGUUAUUUUUGGACUUAUCGAAUAACAAACUGGAAAUGUUGCCACCGCAAAUCAGAAGGCUAACAAUGUUACAAUCUUUGAAAUUAUCCAAUAACCCAUUGACACAUUUUCAAUUGAAACAAUUGCCAAGCAUGACUAGUUUGAGUGUAUUACAUAUGUCAAACACAAAUCGAACCCUUGACAAUAUUCCGCCUUCCUUGGAUGAUUUGAAUAAUCUUCGCGAUGUCGAUUUCUCAUGCAAUGAUCUUCCCUCAAUUCCCGAUGCUCUUUUCAAAUUGAGAAAUUUGAGGAAAUUGAAUUUGAGCGGAAAUAAAAUCGAGAAAUUGAACAUGACUGAAGGCGAAUGGGAUUUGUUGGAGACGCUGAAUGUUAGCGAUAAUUUGAUCGGGUGUUUACCGGAUUGUAUUGUGAAAUUGGAGAGAUUGUCGAAGUUGUAUGCGUCGGGAAAUCAAUUGACCUUUGAGGGUGAGUAGAAAAUGAUUUUUGAGAAAUUUGGAAAUGAGAUUGUAGUUCGAUUGAAAAUAUUAAUUUUUUGGAUUUUGAGAAAAAUUCUUAUUCAGAACCUGGAAUUAGAGUUUUUCUGAAGCUUUUCCACAAGCCAUUUUUCAGAGCAAAAAUUUUUUAGGGCGAAACUUUUCUGGAUUUUUUAAAAAUUAUCAAAAAAUCUCUAGAGCUAUUUAAAAAUCAGAAUUAUUAUAACUCUAGCAAGUUCCCACAAGAAUUUUCUGGGGUGAGCUUUUGACUGAAGAUUUGGAAAACUCGAGAUUUUUUGAAAUAAAAGUUGAUUUUCAGAAUUAUUUGAUUCAUACCAAAAUGAAGAUCCCAUUAGGCCUUUCACCUUUUUCCCCUCACAUUCUCAUUUUUUCCAGGAAUCCCAUCUGGAAUCGGAAAACUCCUCCAAUUAACCGUCCUCCACUUAUCAUAUAACAAACUCGAAUUAGUGCCCGAGGGAAUUUCACGAUGUGUUAAACUUCAAAAACUGAAAUUGGAUCAUAAUCGAUUGAUUACACUGCCAGAUGGAAUACAUCUGUUGCCCGAUUUGAAGCAGUUGGAUCUACACGAGUAAGUAUUGAUUUUUGGCAAAUUGAGAAAUUUGCAAAAAAAAAUCAAUGUUUUGCCAGCCCGUGGGAAAAUGAAGAUUUGCAUAUAUUAAUUUUAUCAUGUUGUUUUUUCCAGCAAUGAAAAUCUUGUAAUGCCGCCGAAACCGAAUGACGCGAGAAAGAAACUGGCAUUCUACAAUAUCGAUUUUUCACUAGAACAUCAGGUUAGUUUUGAUCUACCCCGCGGGAAGAAAAUAUGAGAGAUCAAACUACAUAUUUUUUUUGGCUGUUUUUUUUUCAUGAUGCAAUUAUUUUUAUUUUCAAAUUUUUCGAAACAUUCUGUUAUCAGUUUCAGUCACAAGUUUUUUUUUUCUUCAAAAAUAAAACAAAAGUUCAGACGUUCCCUUUUUUUUUUUUAGAAAAAGUGCACUUUUUUUUGCAAAAAUUGCUCCAAACUUUUUUCCUCGUCUCCUAGACCCAAAAAAAGAACACAUACAUUUCCGUCAAUUUUUUUAGUGUGCACAGCACAGAAAAAAUAUUUUCCGGAUUUUUUGGAGCCCCUAGAAAAAAAACACUAAAUUGUAUUAUGUUGUGUACAUUGGUGAGUUUCAUUUCUUGGAUUGCAGAAGCAGAAAAAAAUAUUUUAUUUUUUAUUUGCAACUAGUUUUUAAUAGAUUUGUUGACUUCUUCUUGAAAUCCACAAUAAUUUUUCAAAUUCCAUUUUUUUCAGCGAAAAAUCGCGGGUCAAAUGGCGAGCCCUUCUUCGUCAGUUUCAUCGAUUCAUUCUGGCGGUGCGAAACAGGACGCGUUGGCGAGGCGGAAGGAUUUCAUCCGCAGACGGAAGCAGCAGGCGGAUCAACAGGGAGCGGAUAAAGUUAUACAGGUUGGUAGUUUAUUUUUUGAAGGCGGCCCUAGGGGACAUUAGCCUUAGGACCACCCACGAAGCUUCUGAACUUGAAUAGAAAUUUAAUUUUGAAAGUUAAAAUCCUACUGUACGCAAAAUUGCGUCGCAGUGUUUGCACACACAAAUCCGCUGAACGUGGAGGCAAUUUAAAAUUUCUAGUUUGAUGAAUUUGCCACGUGGAUUUUUUUAAAACCCCAAUUUUGGAAAUAUUUUUGAAACUAUAGUCUAGUUUAGGAGUUUUUCACUUUUUUCAAACUAGACUCUAGUUUGGAUAGCAAAAUUAUAUUUAAAAAUUCCAUGUCCCUUUAAAGUCGUUUUGGUAUUUUUACUUUUAUUUAUUAUCAAAAUAAAUCAUAUCAAUUUGAUUUUGACCCCAAAAAUUCAUUGAUUUCUCAUCAAUUGUUUUUUCUUGUUCCUCUCCUUUUCCAACGUUUCCAAAUUUUUUCCGUUCAGGGAAUGUCAAAAAUCGCGGGAGUUGGCGCCGAAUUAACCGCUCGACAAGAAGAAGAAGAGGCCAAACAAAUUGAAUUGAAAAGUGCGGUGCAUUGGAAGUCGAAAAUGGAGAAACAGCGCAGCAAAAUUGAUUAUAGCGAGAUAUUUGGCGAUGAAGUCGGACACGAGGAGGGACUUUGGGUUUGGGAAAUUGAGAAUUUCUAUCCGUCGAUUAUGGAAAAAGCGUUUCAUGGAUAUUUUUAUGAGGCUGAUGCCUAUUUGAUUUUGAAAGCUUUUUAUGUGAGUUUUUUGGAGGGGGGAAAGGGACUGAAAUUGUAAAAUUUCCAAAAAUUUGAGAAGAUCAGAUAGAAAGCUUCAAAUGAAGUUCUGAAGGAUUUAGAAUUAGGUUAAACCUUUGGUUUAAAUUGUGGUUCAAUUUGUUAGAAUCGAAUCAAAAACUACUGAAAUUCAACGUGGCAUUUCAGAUUUUAAACAACUCACCUAAGAACCUAAUUAUCUAGGAUCCUAUACCUUCUAAAAUUCAUGUUUCCAGGUCGAAGGACAUCUAAAUCACGAAAUCUAUUAUUGGCUCGGCGAGCAUGCUUCACUCGAUAAAGGAAUGUGCGCAGCUGUGCAUGCUGUUGGACUCAGAAAUCAUCUCAACGCAUCUUGCCGGUAUCGAUUUUUUCUUGAUUUUUUAAAAUUUCCACACCUCAAUUUUUUGCAGCACCCAAAGAGAAGAAAUGAACGAUGAAUCGGAAGAAUUUCUGGAAAAUUUUGGCGAACAAAUUGUGUAUGUUGAAGGUGGAAGAACGAGUUCGGGAUUUUAUACAACUGAAAAAGCGGAACAUGUUACACGGUAUGUUUUUCGAGGAUUUAAAAAAACAUUUCUGAUCACGAUUCUGGAAGAUAUCUUAUGAAAAAUAGAAUAUUUUGGGUCCUGCCACGAUUUUGGAGGUAUUUAAAGGUGCAUAAACUUUAAAUUCGUGUCAGGACCCAAUUUCUGUUGAAAAAUCAAUUAUUUUGGGUCUUGCCACGAUUUUGGAGGUUUUUAAAGUUGCAUAAACUUUAAAUUCGUGUCAGGACCCAAUUUCUGAUGAAAAAUCAAUUAGUUUGGGUCCUGCCACAAUUUUGGGGGUAUUUAAAGGUACUUAGGAAAUAUUUUGAAUUAAAUUAAUUUUCAGUUUAUAUCGAGCCAGUGUAAACGGAACUGCUGUUGAAAUGGAGCCUGUUCCUUUGAGUGUUGAAUCAUUGGACCCAAGAUUCUGUUUCCUUUUGGAUGCUGGAGAUGUUAUGUGGAUUUGGAGCGGGUAUAAAUCGAGGGUAGGUUGUUUUCUGGAUAAAAUCAUCCCAAUUUCUUUCAAAUUUGCAGAUCACUGUGUCUAACAAGGCUCGACUUUUUGCCGAGCGACUAAAUAAACGCGACAGAAAAGGGAAAUCAGAGAUCGAGACUUGUCGACAAAUCAGAUGCCCUGAAGAAUUUUGGACCGCGCUAACCGGAAGCCCCAAUAAACCAGAAGGUCCCAUAGUUGAACAUGUUCCGGAGGGAUUUGUACCAGAAAGACGGAAGCUAUAUCGAGUGAAUAUUGGGAUGGGAUUCUUGGAAUUACCGCAAGUUGAACUACCGAAGGGAAUCGCCAAACAGGAUAUGUUGAACUCGAAGUGUGUUUAUAUUUUGGACGCGAAUUCGGAUAUUUUCCUGUGGACUGGCAAAAAAGCGAAUCGAUUGUUGAAAAUGGCUGGACAGAAAAUGGUUGUUGAAUUGUAUCAAAUGAUUGAGAGACCGGAUUAUGCGCAAUUGUAUCGAGAAACUGAGGUGAGACCUUUUUUCUUAAUGAAAAAAUCAGGGCUUUUUGAAUUUUCGGGCCAAAAAAAUCACAUUUUUACAACCAAAAUUCAAUGUUUCAAAAAUAUAUUUCAAGAAUUUUCAAAAGAUUUGAAUUUCAAAAUAUGGGGGCCAAAAAGCCACGUGGCAAAAAUUUCCAAUUUUUUUUUGGAAAAAAAUCCACGUGACAAAAAUGUUCAAAAAUUCAAAUUUCAAGAUUUUGGCACGAAAAAAACCACGUGGCAAAAUAUUUUUUGAAAAAAAAUAAGCAAAAAAUUUUCGAAAAAAAAAUCCACAUGGCAAAAUUUUAAAAACAAAUCGUAUUCAAAUUUUUUGGCACCAAAAUUCAAUGUUUCAAAAAUUUUCAAAAUAUUUGAAUUUCAAAAUAUUGGGGCCAAAAAGCCACGUGACAAAAAUUCUCAAAAAAUUUCAAAUUUCAAGAUUUUGGAACGAAAAAAACCACGUGGCAAAAAGUUUCAAAAUUUUAACUUUUCUUGAUUUCAGGGCGAGGAAACAAUGAUGUUCCGAUCGAAGUUUGCUGGAUGGGAUGAGAUUGUUCCUGUUGAUUUUACAAGAACAAGUGAAUCUGUUCAAAGAGUUCCAGAUCUCAAUGUGAGUUUUAUUUUUGAGCGAAGUUAUGACCCAAAAACCGGCCCAAAUUUUUCCAGACAAUUGUAAAACGAGACAAUAUGAUGAAAACUGAUCUUGGUGCACUUUUCCUUGAACGACAACCAUCAAUGCCUUUGGCUGAAUCUGAAGAACUUAUGGAAGAAUGCAAUUAUGAUCUUGAAUUGAUGGAAAGUUUUGUGUUAGAAGGUCGGAAGUUUGUGAAAUUGCCACCGAGGGAGUUUGGAAUAUUCUACACGAUGGAUUGUUAUGUGUUCCUUUGUCGUUAUGCUGUUUUGCCAGAAGAAGAUGAAGAUGAAGAAGAAGACGAGAAACCGGAGAUGGAUUUCAAAUGUGUUGUAUAUUUUUGGCAAGGAAGAGAUGCUUCGAAUAUGGGAUGGUUGAAUUUCACGUUCCAAUUGCAGCCGACUUUUGAGGAUAUUUUCAAGGAUAAAUUGGAGGUUGUCAGAAUGUAUCAGCAACAGGAGAAUCACAAGUUUUUGUCGCAUUUCAAGCGGAAGUUUUUGAUAAAACGUGGAAGACGUGGGUUGACACGGAGUUUGGGUGGAAAAUGGCCGGAAUUGUAUCAGAUGAGAGCGAAUGGAUCGAGUGUUUGUAAUCGGACGAUACAAGUUGAUUGCCAGUAAGAAUUUGAUUUUUUUUUUGGGCUCUCAAGGGACGGCUACUUGAAAACAAGAAUUUUCUAGGCGCAGCAGCCUGAAAACUAGGGUCUCUAGGCGUGGCUGCUGGAAAACCAGGGUUUCUAGGCUCAGGUACUUGAAACCCAGGGUCUCUAGGCUCGGCUGCUUGAAAACCAGGGUCUCUAGGCUCGGCUGCUUGAAAGCUAGGGUCUCUAAGCGCUGAUCCUCGCCAAUUGAAUUUCCUAGGCGCGGCUACUCAAGAACUAGGAUUUCUAGGCGUGGUUACUUGAGAACUGGGCACUCAAGGCACGACUCCUUAAAUUCUAGAAUCUCUAGACGCAGGUGCUUGAAAACUAGGGAGUCUAGGCGUGGCUUCAUGAAAAAUGGGGUUUUGAAUUUUCUAGAAAAAGAUUUUCUAACGACUUUUUCGAAAAAAUCGAAUUUUUUGGCUUUCCGAAUCCGAUAUAAUCAAAAAAAAAAUGUUCUUAUGCAAAACUCCCUUUUUUAUACAAUAUUCUUUUGAAUAACCCCUAUUUUUUCCAGAGCAAAUCAAUUGUGCUCAGCAUUUUGUCAUAUUCUCCGAAUCCCAUAUAAAGUUCCAUUAGAAACUGGUCAAAAAGGAAUAGUUUAUGUUUGGUAUGGAAAAGAUUCGGAAGAAUGGGAACGAGAUGUUGCCAAACAAAUUGCAUCCGAUCUUGUGAUUCGAGACGACGAUGAUAGUUUUGAUGUGGUUGAUGUUGAUGAAGGAAAUGAGAAUGAUGAAUUUUGGACAGCUUUGGGUGGAAAGAAAAAGUAUGUUUCUCGCUUUCUGAAUGAUUUUUCAAAAUCUGAUCAAAUUCCAGAUAUGAAACUGAAAGUUCAUUCGUCAAACACACUCGACUCUUCCGAUGUACCAAUGAGAAGGGUUAUUUCGCGGUAUCCGAGAAAACUGUCGAUUUUUGUCAAGAUGAUUUGGAUGAUGAUGAUAUUAUGAUUUUGGACAAUGGUGAUGCGAUCUUCCUUUGGAUUGGUGCUAGAUCAUCGGAAAUUGAGGCGAAAUUGGCGUAUAAGGCGGCUACGGUGAGCAUUUUGGGGUUUUUGUUGGGAAAACUACGAUGCUCCGCGUUCACGCGGUGAGAAAUAAUGCAUUUCGAACGGAAAAUUGGGAAAAAUGAUCACGGGAUUGUGGAGCAUCGUUAAAAAAAAUUUUGUCACAAAUCAGAAAAUCCUGGAAGUUUUUUUUUACAAAAUUUUGAAUUUUUGAGAUUCUUUCCGGAAAUUCCCGACAUUUUGAUUGCUCAUAUUAUUAUUUGAACCAUUAAUUUUUCCAGGUCUUCCAAGCGCAUCAAAAAAUGAAGCAAACUGAUCGUCCCCGAAAAUUGAUGCUAGUUUUACGAGGUCGCGAAAGUCAACGGUUCCGAAAAUGUUUCCAUGCUUGGGGAAAACAUAAAGAAGCAAUUGGAUCAUAA